AUGCUGUUGGAUAAUUAUACAGCAGCAGCGACGAUGCAGUUGUCAGUAAUGUUUGCUGCGACCUUCUUCUUCUUCCACGCUUCAGAGUACAUACUGGCGGUUAUAAUUCACGGGAGAGCAAAUGUAGGUCUAAGUUCUCUAUUGAUAAGCAAGCAAUACAUUGGGGCGAUGUUGUUUUCAUUGAUGGAAUUUUAUGUGGAGGUGUACUUGUUCCCUGGAAUGAAGGAGGAGGGUGGGUGGAGGAUAAUUAGCAAAAUAGGACUUGGAAUGGUUAUUAUAGGGGAAGUGAUAAGGAAGAUGGCGAUUUUGACAGCUGGUCGGGCAUUCACUCAUCUCAUUAAGAUCUACCAUGAACAGCGUCACCAAUUAGUGAUUCAUGGAGUUUACGGUAAGAUCCGUCAUCCAGGGUAUCUAGGCUUCCUCAUAUGGUCGGUGGGAACACAGGUUAUGCUGUGUAAUCCAAUCUCAACCCUCACAUUUACAGUGGUGGUUUGGAACUUUUUUGCAAACCGGAUACCUUAUGAAGAGUAUUUCCUAAGGCAGUUUUUUGGGGGUCAGUACGAUCAAUAUGCUGCUACAGUUCCUUCUGGGAUUCCAUUUGUCAAGUAA